AUGCAGAGUAUCUUGCGCUUUACAUGGUGCGAUCAGAUUGCGCCGAAGAUGCAGACGGGCAAGUCGGCGCUGGAGAGCAUGCGCGCAUCUCCAGUCAUGGAUAUGCCGGUGUUGAACAAGCUCAAGCGCAGGAGGAUGGACAGCCCUGAGCCCCAGUCGCCAACACGAGCACAACCGGUGAAGAAGCAGCGAAUACAGGAGCCCGCUUGUGGUCAGCAUUCACUACCGGCAGUUGCGACCGCCCGGUUACCGGCCAAGUCGGAGAAGGAGUACCUUGCGACAGCCGCACCUGCAGUUGACGACGUAGCGUGUCAAACAACAACGCCGCCGGAGCCCUCCAAGGCGCAGACUACAAGCAUGUCGAACGAUAUUUCUAUGACGGAUGCUUAUCUUAUGGUGCCAGCAACUGUACAGCUAUCGAAGCUGCAACAGGUUAUUGAGAAUGAGUUCAAUAUGCAGAUCCUUCUGAAGCACAACGAGCUCCGUUUGAUCGAGCAAGAACUGGCCAAGUGUCAAAUCGCACUCGAACAACUUCGCCGCUGCGAACUCCGACCAUAUCCAGGCGCCGAGACACCGAGUCAGUCAAUCACACACGGCACUGGACCCUCGCUCGCUCCACCAGCAGGGUAUGCUCAAGCGUUGUACGCUGCACCUCACGGUGUCACAGAUGGUCCCUACACUCGUCAUUACCGGCAGUGGCUUUUGCAGGAUCAGUUGUUUGACACGACGCCGCUACAGAGCCCGGCUUUUGUGAUCGAUGCCUCGCACACUGCCGCUCGCUCAACGCGCAAUACCGGCACUUCCCGUAAGUCCAUACAAAAGUCUGCUACACUGCCGAGCAGAGCAUCAGACCCCAUGCAGAGCUUGCCAAACUACCCCCCCGCGCCGAAGGACAAGGCGGCACCUAUGAUACUUCGGAGAUCGACAGAUGGCCGUCUGGUAAAGCUUAUCUGCAACAAUUGCUUGCGAGGCAACUUUUCUAGCAUUCAAGGCUUCCUCAAUCAUUGUCGUAUAGCGCACAAGGUCGACUACAAGUCUCAUGAUGCCGCAGCAGUUGACUGUGGGCGAGUACUCAACGAGGAAGAGGCUGCAAAUCUGCCGCCGGAAGCGCAGGCUGCAGUGACGGUCCACAAACCCGGCGGCAGCCGGUCCGCUUCCACCACGUCAACACCUUUCAAGACUCAGCAUCUAAUCCAUCCACUGAACCUUGCACAGAAUGCGGCCACUCUGAUCAGUCCGCAGGUACGCGAUGUCCGUCAGCCCGCACCAGUAGCGCCCAUGGUGUUUCUUCCUCCUACACCAGGCAGGCCGAAACCAUUCACAGGUUCUCCUCAAGCUCCUCGUUUGUCAGCCUUUUUCGCGAAGUACAACCUUGGUGGUGAUCUCGAGCAAGCCAUCUCCGCUGCUAAGCAGAAGGUCGACAUGAGUGCGGAAGAAGUGCUGUCGCCACAAGAAAUCGAUUCGGCUUCGCCGUCUACACCAGCAGUGACUGGGUCGAGAAGCGGACUUGGUGUUCCGCGUGCAGGUUCUCUUGCGCCUGCAGGAGCUCAUUCGCGUCCGCAGAGUCGCACGGGACAUCGCGAGCCCGCGCAACGUCACCGGCCGUCGCCCUUGAUGCCGGCGCCGCCAAAGGCGCACAAGACAGCACGGACUGCGCACGAUGAAGUACCGGAGUCGCCGCAAGACCGAUCGUCUUACCUGAGCCCGCAUAGCCACACGGCAGACAGCAACCCAGGCUUGGUCAGUGACCAUGAUGAUGACGAACAUGGUUCGGCAUCAGAGGACGAAGCUCCUCACUCGUCUGUCGCGCAUUCGCUAGGACCCACGCGUAGAGAUUGUACGGAUAGCAUGGAUAUUGAUGUUACAGUAGAUGAUGACAUAGAUGAGCACGGUGUUGUCAUUAGGAGGAACAGCCUGCUUGGGCCGGUUGAUCGUGGGUCUCGAACGACCGGCAGCCCGUCGACGAGGUUUGGUAUAGGAAAGGAUAGCGCUUAGCAUUGCGCGUUGUAAAAGAUCAGCUACGGCAACAGUGUUGGGGUGGGCUUCGCUUAGUGUCAGGAUAGUUAGGCAACAAGCCGAGAAACGAUUCUUCACUCC